AUGGCGCUUAUCGUAUGCACGAAUUUGCCCUACUUGCUACCCUCGUGUCUGAUAAGCUGGCGAUAUCUUGGCCCUUUCGAAUACCCCUUUUGGUUGGCGGCCCAAGAUAACAGCAAGACGGAUCAGCAAGGGUUGUCUGAUGAUCGACUCUCGCUUCGGGAGAAAAAGAAAGCAAGCCUAGACAUGAUAGCAUCUCAAAACCCAAUCUGGAUCGGCCUGCAUACUGUCGCUCUCCCGAAAGAAACUGCCAACAUGUUACUAUUCUAG